ACGCCGCUCCCAGCCGCCGAAGAAGAGCGCAGCCGCAGACAGCAUCGUCUCUUCCAGCAUCAUCAGUCAGUGUUCAGCCAUCACUUCUCCCCGGGCUUAACGAGCGCAAACAUACAUUGUGUUAUUACUCUUCCAGCUAAACGUGACAUUUGACACCAGCUCCUGCAGGAUGUCUGACAAGAGCGAGCUGAAGGCUGAGCUGGAGAGAAAGAAGCAACGAAUCGCCCAGAUCCGAGAGGAGAAAAAGCGAAAAGAAGAGGAGAAGAAAAAGAAGGAUGGACAUUCGAAGGGUUCAGUGGAGGCAGGCAGCGGCUCUGGCCACGAAGACUCUGACCUGGAGAGGAAGAGGAGGGAGGCCGAAGCUCUGCUGCAGAGUGUUGGCAUCACCCCUGAUGUACCACACGCUCAGCCCCUGAGGGUAGUAACAGAAGAUACAUGUCUGUUUCACUACCUAGUCCCCGCCCCCAUGUCUCCCUCCAACAAAUCAGUGGGCAGCGAUGCAGGAAGCCAGGAUUCUGGGGAUGGAAACGCAGGACCAAGGACAUUGCACUGGGAUCCUGACCCCUCUACUCUGCAACUCCACUCCGACUCUGAGCUGAUGGGGCGUGGAACUGUAAGACUUGGCAUGUCCAAAGUGACCCAGGUGGACUUCGUCCCAAAGGAAAUGGUGUCCUACUCCAAAGAAACACAAACACCAACCAAUGCUUCGUCACACGCUGAUCAAAAAGCAGAUGAGGAGGAAGAUGAGGAGAUAACUGUUCUCCUUCCAGCAGAGGACAUCCAGGAAGAGAAAGAUGAGCAGGGUGACCAUCAGGAGGAGGAUACUCCCAAAGAACUGACAGAAGAGGAGAAGCUGCAAGUUUUGCACUCAGAGGAGUUCUUGUCAUUUUUUGAGCGUGGGAGUAAAAUAGUGGAAAGAGCUCUUGCUGAGCAAGUGGACGUAUGCUUCGACUACAGCGGCAGAGAUUUGGAGGACAAGGAGGGUGACCUGCAGGCAGGAGCAAAGCUGGUUCUGAACAGACAGUUCGCUGAUGAGCGCUGGACUAAGAACAGGGUGGUCACUUGUCUGGACUGUUCCCCACAGUAUCCAGAGCUGCUGGUGGCGUCCUAUAACAACAACGAGGAUGCGCCCCAUGAGCCCGAUGGAGUGGCCCUGGUCUGGAACAUGAAGUACAAGAAGGCCACACCAGAGUACAUAUUUCACUGCCAGUCAGAAGUGAUGUCAGCUGGGUUUGCCAAGUUUCACCCCAAUCUGGUGGUGGGUGGGACGUACUCGGGACAAAUUGUGUUAUGGGACAACAGGAGCAACAAGCGCACCCCUGUGCAGAGAACCCCCCUCUCUGCAGCUGCACAUACACACCCGGUUUACUGUGUGAACGUGGUAGGAACCCAGAACGCCAACAACCUCAUCAGCAUUUCCACCGAUGGCAAAAUGUGCUCCUGGAGCCUCGACAUGCUGUCCCAACCCCAGGACAGUCUGGAGCUGGUGUUUAAACAGAGCAAGGCGGUGGCCGUCACUUCCAUGGCCUUUCCACUUGGCGAUGUGAACAAUUUUGUGGUAGGGAGCGAGGAUGGUUCUGUCUACACUGCCUGUCGCCAUGGGAGUAAGGCAGGGAUCACUGAAGUGUUUGAAGGGCACCAUGGUCCGGUGACAGGCCUCAGCUGUCACAGUGCUGGUGGACCUGUUGACUUCUCCCAUCUCUUCAUCUCCUCUUCUUUCGACUGGACUGUCAAACUCUGGAGCACUAAGAGUACACGUCCAUUGUACUCGUUUGAGGACAGUUGCGACUACGUCUAUGAUGCAAUGUGGUCUCCAACACAUCCCGCUCUAUUUGCAUGUGUGGACCUCGCUGGACGUCUGGACCUGUGGAACCUCAACAACGACACUGAGGUUCCCACUGCCAGUGUGUGUGUGGAAGGCUCUCCAGCACUGAACUGUGUCAGAUGGGCUCACACUGGCAAAGAGAUUGCUAUUGGGGACUCAGAGGGACGUGUAUUGGUGUACGACGUAGGGGAGCAAAUCUGUGUCCCCAAAGCUGAUGAGUGGACACGCUUCGUCAGGACGCUGGCGGAGAUCAACGAGAACAGAGAUGAAGCUGAGGAACUCGCCAAUGUGUGACAUUACAGACCCCUUCACUGACACUGCUCAUCCCUUUCUGUCCAGUACUCAAAGCACCUAUAGCACACUACAUGACAUUGUCAGAGGAGCUGAUCUAUGCUCUGGCCUUUGCACGCCCUGUAACCUGAUUCGGCCUGAGGAGUUGUGCAGAGCUAGAACAUUAGAUGGUUUUACUUGUUUCGUUUUUAAUGUGGUUUAUAGUGUCUUUAAGAGCGUUAGAGAAAACACUUGUAGGAACGAUGAAUGUGACGUGUAGCAGUAGCAACAACAGUUGCGUAUUUGACGUUGUCUAAAUGAAAGAGGAAGUAAUUCAUUCUAGCUUUGAUGACAUCCUCAGGGUCCAGAACCUACUCUUCUCCUGAGGCCUCAAACCGUUGAUCCUUUUUUUAAAUAUGCAAGCCUUUGUAAUUGCACCUUUUUUAUUACCAUUUUAAUGUUUUUACAUGUUUUAAUAUUUUCCGGAUAUGCUUGUGCACAUGCCUGGCAGCAGAGUAAGAAGACUCUAACUAAAGCUGACGUCCCUAUAUUCUCAGCAGCACUUAAAUUCCAAGACUACAACAGCUAAUGCUGUGCUUACACACGCACUCGCUGGCCUGUGCAGAAGUGUGUCAUUAUUGCUUUUUAACCACUAAAUAUUUAAUAUUUAUUCCAAUGGUUGCACCUAUUUAAAUAUUCUGUGUACUGUUUGAAAACCGCUGCUUUGUACUAAAAGGUUUAGUAGUACAUUAAUACUAAGCUUUUACCAGGAUAAAUCCUUGUAUCUUGAAUUUAUUGACUAGUAUAGUUACUUUAUUUCUGUUGAUGAGUAGGAAACGGUUACUUUACAGAUCCUCAAAACAAUUUCUAAUUAAAGUGGAGGACGGUAACAAGUUUUUAAAACAGAACUUCAAGUGGUUUUCAUUAUUUUCCUUUGCUAUCCAAAUGUUCAUUCCUUCCAUUUUGCAGCAGUCCAACCCGGCCAGGCUGCUCAAAAAUAAACAGCUUCUGUCAUUUUC